AUUGUUCAAGUAUAAAGGCACGUGUUUGAAAAAUCAAUUCUUACUCUUCCUUGCUCUCUGUAGAAGUAAUGGUUGCUGCUAUUCUUUCUCAGCCGAAGCUCUCUCUCUCACUCGCAGCUUAUAAAAAGCUUCAUACUUUCACUUCAGUUCCGCCUUCAGGAGUGCGUUUGUUGGGAAAAAAGGGAAAUGGGAUUGGGAAAUUGUUGAUGGCAAGAGUAGAAUCAAAUUCUAGUAAGAAGAAAAGUAUCAGUCCCAUUAUUGUCAUUGAUAAUUACGACAGUUUCACUUACAAUCUUUGCCAGUACAUGGGAGAGUUGGGAUGUCAUUUUGAGGUUUACCGGAAUGAUGAGUUGACUGUGGAUGAACUAAAGAAAAAAAAUCCAAGAGGAGUGCUUAUUUCCCCUGGACCAGGUGCACCCUGUGAUUCUGGAAUAUCUUUGCAGACUGUUUUGGAGCUAGGACCUAUUGUUCCUUUAUUUGGUGUGUGUAUGGGUUUGCAAUGCAUUGGAGAGGCUUUCGGAGGUAAGAUUGUGCGAUCUCCUCUUGGUGUCAUGCAUGGGAAAAGUUCUCUUGUAUAUUAUGAUGAGAAGGGGGAGGAUGGCUUGUUCUCUGGAUUAUCAAAUCCUUUCACAGCAGGUAGAUAUCACAGUCUUGUGAUUGAAAAAGAAAGUUUUCCUAGUGUGCUUGAGGUUACAGCAUGGACGGAAGAUGGGCUAAUAAUGGCUGCUCGUCACAAAGAAUAUAAGCAUCUUCAGGGGGUUCAGUUUCAUCCUGAAAGCAUCAUAACCACGGAAGGCAAGACAAUUGUUUGCAAUUUUAUCAAACUGAUAGAGAAAAGGGAGGCAGCUGAAUCCCAGAACUAGAGACAUGAUGAACUAGGCAUAAUCUAGUAAUUAUUCUGGGUUUUUCGGCCUUAUCAUUGAAGAUAAAAUAAAGCAAAAGAAGAUUACAUUAUUUGGUGGCCAAUAAUUUAGCAAUUUCUUUUAAAUUGAAUUGUAACAAAGCCAAUUCAACUGAUAAAAAAAGUUGAAUUGGUAUUGGAGGAGUUAUGGAUAGCGAGUUGUUGUGCUUUUCCAUGACUUCUGUGCUAAAUUGAAAAAGACUUAUGAAUAACUAUCAUGAAAUGAAAUCCGGCUGAAAGGAGGCUGUCAAGAAAAGAGUGGUGAUGUAGAUUACUCCCAA